AUGAAGCUCAACGUUGCCAACCCUGCCACGGGUGCCCAGAAGUCUUUUGACAUUCAGGAUGAGCGACUUGUUCGCUGCUUCUACGAGAAGCGCAUGUCGCAGGACGUCGAGGUCGACUCGCUCGGCGAAGAGUGGAAGGGCUACGUCCUCCGCAUCGGCGGUGGUAACGACAAGCAGGGUUUCCCCAUGAAGCAGGGUGUCCUCCUCCCCAACCGUGUCCGCCUGCUCCUCUCCAAGGGUGACUCGUGCUACCGCCCCCGCCGCACUGGUGAGCGCAAGCGCAAGUCGGUCCGCGGCUGCAUCGUCGGCUCCGACAUCCAGGCUCUCCACCUCAUCGUCGUCAAGCAGGGCGAGAAGGAGAUCCCCGGCCUCACCGACGCCGACUCGACCGUCCCCAAGCGUCUCGGUCCCAAGCGUGCCAACCACAUCCGCAAGUUCUUCAACCUCUCCAAGGAGGAUGAUGUCCGCCAGUUUGUCGUUCGCCGCGAGGUCGUCUCCAAGAAGGAGGGCGCCAAGCCAUACACCAAGGCCCCCAAGAUCCAGCGUCUGGUGACCGCCCAGCGCCUCCAGCGCAAGCGUCACCUCAAGUCGCUCAAGAUCCGCAGGGCAGAGGCCCAGAAGAUCCAGAAGGAGGAGUACGACCAGCUCAUCUCCAAGCGCGUGGCCGAGAAGAAGCAGGAGGUCGCCGCCCAGAAGGCUGCCCGCAAGUCGGCCAAGAAGGUCUCGGCUUAA